CGGCCAUGACGCGGAGCUGCUCGGCGCUGGGCUGCACCGCCCGCGACACCGGGCGCAGCCGGGAGCGCGGCAUCUCCUUCCACCAGUUCCCGGUGGACGCCGCGCAGCGCCGCGAGUGGAUCCGCGCCGUCAACCGCGUGGACCCGCGGAGCCGUCAGGCCUGGAAGCCCGGCCCCGGGGCCAUCCUGUGUUCCCGGCACUUCGCCGAGACCGAUUUCGAGCGCUACGGCUUGCGGAGGAAGCUGCGGCGAGGGGCCGUGCCCUCCCGCUUCCCCCAGCCGGAGCCGCCGGGCCCCGGCCGCGGGAGCGGAGCCCCCGCCCGAGCUCUGAAGCAGCCUGUCCCCAGCCAGCCCGCCGGGGUCACCGCCGGAGACCACAACUACAGCCUGCACGGGCAGCGGGAGGCAGGGUCCCCGCGGGGCACCCCCGAGCAGCAGCUGCCGCCGGCCCCCGCAGCCUGCCCCGCGCACCCGGGGCUGGCAGGGGUCCUGCGGGAGCUGGUGGAGAAGCAGCGGAUCGCUGAGGAAACCGUGUGUUUGCUGCGGGCCCAGUUUGCAGAUUUGCCUUGUGACUUGCACAGUUGGAGGCAGAUGUCAGAAUACUCACCAGAAAUGAGGCAAUUUGCUUGUAUUCUCCACCUCUACCAUAUUAAGGCCUACGAUUACCUACGGAAGAUUUUCCCCCUCCCUCAUCCUUACAGCCUGACAACGCAAGUUUUUGUUCAUUCAUUGAUUCAUUCUGAAUGUACUUCCAGGAACUCAUGCACUAGAGCUUUGGUUUUUCUCCCCUUGCCCCACAAGGACUCUGGAGCUUUGGUUUUUCUCCCUUUGACCUACAAGGACUCUGGAGCUUUGGUUUUUCUCCCCUUGCCCCACAAGGACUCUGGGAGUUGGCUGUCUAAUAAUGAGGCUACUGCAGGCUUCAGCAAUGCCAUUUUUCUCCGCCUUCAGGAGAAGGUGGAGAGAGGGGAAGAGGCCUACUGGUCCUGUGCCCUGAUGAUACAAGACAUGUCCCUGGAGAAGCAGCAACAGUGGGACCCACAGACCAAGUGCCUGACAGGCUAUGUUAACUUGGGAGCAGGUGUUCUUGAUGCUGAUGAAGCUCCCCUGGCCUCAGAAGCCAUUAUCAUCAUGGCAGUUGGCAUCUCAAGCCCCUGGACAGCUCCACUGGGCUACUUCUUGGUGAACAGAACAACUGGCCACUUCCUUGCUCAGCUGCUUCGUCAGACCAUCAAUAAGCUGAACCACGUGGGCAUCAAGGUGCUGGCUGUGACAUCAGGUGCCACUGCGCAGGGUGCCGAGACUGCCAGAGCUCUGGGGAUCAGGAUAGACCCCAGAAGGAUUCAGUGCACUUUCCAGCAUCCACCUGGCUCUGCUCACAGCAUCACGUACUUCUUUGACACUUGCCAUGCACUCCAGCUGGUAAAGAAUGCUCUGCAGUGCUUCCAGAAGAUCAAGUGGCUCAGUGACAUGGUGCGGUGGCAGCAUGUGGUGGAGCUGGCGGCUUUGCAGGAGCAGAGGGUGUUAAAGCCACCCAGUCCCCAGUCAGGCAGACCUGUGAGUGAGGAGACUUAUCACCUGAAGAUCAACCUUGCUACUCAGUUGUUCAGUGAGGGUGUUGCUGAUGCGCUGGAACACCUCCAGGAGCUGGGCUUGGCCUCCUUCCAGGACUGCAAGGGUACUGUUAAGUUUGUUCGUUUGAUGAGCCGUCUGUGUGACAUGUUUCAUGGCAGAGGUCGCUAUAGAAGGGGACUGAGGGAGCCUUUGUUAGCUGGAAAUCACACCAAAAUAAACCGUCUCUUUAAUGAGGCCAAAAGGUGCUUCACCACCUUAACAGACUCUAUGGGGAGAUGCAUCAUUAAGAGCAAACGCAAACUAGGCUUUUUUAGUUUCUUGCUCAAUGCCAAAAGCCUCAAGUGGCUUUACACCAACCACCUGUCUCCAGAAGGCACUCGCUCCCCCCACCUCCUGACCUGUUCCUUCAGCCUUGACCCAUUGGAGCUGUUCCUCAGGGCCCUCCAGGAAGCCUGUGGCAGCAGCAGGAGCCCCACCUGCACUGCCUUCCAGGCUGCUUAUCACAAACUUCUGGCCAGCUACAGCCUGCUGCCGGGCUCCCCACACAGCCAUGGAAGCUCCUUGGACCUAUCCCUGUCUCGUAGGAGAGACCUGACCCUUGGCAGUGUUCGUGCUCAGCAUCUCCCAGCUGGUGGGAGGACAGGAGGAGCAGAGUGCCCCUGCUGUGCAGGCUUUCCUUGGCGCAGCUCUGCGCUGAGCGAGGCGCUGACAGACAUGUCACUGAGCGCACGGGGCAUGGCCUGGGCUGCGGGCCUCGUUGCUGAGCAGUUGGCCUCUGCCUUGCCAUGCCAGGCUUGUCUUGCUUCCCUCUUUCAGGCAGAUGAGAGCAGGCCAAGGUGUGGGUCAGUGCUUUACAUAAAAAAGUCGGGUGGAGUGAGUCUGCCCUCGGCGAGCGUCUACCACUUGACAAGCGUUUCGGAAAAGGUCCUAAACUGGUAUCGCAAAGUAGGAGAUAGCAACAAAAAGCCCAAGCUAUGGCACUUGUAUCUGGCACAGGAGGUCUGCCAAGAGCUUCUGGGAGAAAGUCCCCUCUUCCCCACCCUCACGGACCAUUUACUUGAUGGGGAGUUGUGUGUCAACAAUCACUACACUGUCUUAGUCAAGGAAAUAACACAACGUUACUUAAACAUCAGAACAAACCCUGCCAAACACCUGAACUUGAAACACCAUUGUGGAAAGCACAGAUGGAAGAGACUGAAGGGAAAAACAAUGGUUUCUGUUACCACUGGCUAAGCUGUCAGUGAAGCCAAACCCACAUGGGGUCAUGAGCACUGGUUGCUGUUCCAAGGAUGGCUGUCCCCUGCCAAGGCUCAGUGAUGGCCAGUUCUAGGCAACACCUGUGAGGAAAUGAUGUUGUGUCUUCCCAUGGUUUAUCCAACAAAAAUGGUGUUGGAAAGUGCUGAUGUGCUGGGCCACUGCAAACCAUCUGAUCAGAGUUUGGCUGAGCAAAGCAAGGAAGUUCAUCUGAUCUUGUGUUCCAUCUAGCAAUUCUGCAGAGCAGCCACAUGUUUAAUGAGGCUCACGUGGCAGGUCAGGGUGAGCGACAGUUGCUCAAGAAGCCUGGUAGGGGACCCUGCACAGUGUCUCCUGGAAGUGCGGGGUGGCUUAGUGCUGUUAGUGCUCUUGCCAGGAAGAAACCAUGCCUCUUCCACAUGGCUGGGGGAGAACACGUGUGCUGGCAAGCAGAUCUGCUUUAAAGAAGCAGGGGACAAGAAAGGUUGCGAAGCUUUUUCUUGAAAAUAAAGAUGUGAAAAUGGC